CACAGAAGUUGAGAGAAAAGGUUGUCAAUCUGCUAGAGUCUGAGUGGUCACCCUCUGGUGGGUUUACUCUCUUCUGCUGCUAAGCUGUGGAGUCUUACAGAGGAAACUUCUUCCUGCUAUCAGUGCUUCAAGAGGUCUGUAGUCCAAGAUUAAGCAGAUACCAUGUGGUGUUUGGAGCUGCUGUUGCCACUGUUGCUAAUCAUCAAAGACGCCAGUGCCCAGUGGAAUGUAUGGGUACCUCGAGACAUUUCGGCCAUGACCAACUCUUGUGUGGUCAUCCCGUGCACGUUCAUGUACCCCCCAGGAAUCAGGCUGUACCGUGGUAUCCACGGUAUCUGGUACUUCGGCCAGCCCUACCCACAGCUCUUCCCUCCUGUGGUGUUUAAAUCACGCACAGAUGUGGUGCACGAGAGCUAUAAGGGACGGACCAAGCUUCUGGGUGACCUCACCCACAGGAACUGCACUCUGCUCAUCAGCAAUAUUGGCACAGAGCAUUCUGGGAGGUACUACUUUCGUGCUGACCUAGGGGGCGCCAACAUGUACACCUACCCAGACUUCUCUGAGCUCAAGGUGCUGGAACACCCCACCAUUGAUGUCCCUGAGGAGAUUGUCAGUGAUGAGAGCCUGGAGCUCACCUGCUAUGCUCCAGAUAACUGUCCAGAAAUGACCCCAGAGAUCCAGUGGAUGUACACCGACUAUCUGCCUGACCCAGAGUUUACAUCGGACUACCUGGAGGAGAGCAACACUGCCGUGAUGUCCAACACCCUCACAUUCACCCCCGGGCCCAUGCACAAUGGACAGUUGCUGGGCUGUAGAGUCUACUACCCUAACACCACGCUGUCCUAUGAGAAGCUAAUUUCUCUCGAUGUCAAGUACCCUCCUCGGUCGGUGUGGGUGAAUGUUUCCACGGAGGUUAUGGAGGGAAGUUCGGUGACGCUGCACUGCGAGGUGGACAGCAACCCUCCUCCCAGGAUCUCUUGGCUGUUUGGGGAUGAGGAAGUGCUUUGGGACACAGCCUCCAAUGUCUCUCUGUCCCUCGACGACCUGACCCCUGCUCAGGAGGGCAUUUACACCUGUGUGGGCAACAAUGGCUACGGGGCCAUGAACACCUCAAUGUACCUGACCAUUAAGUACCCCCCUCGGGAGCCCUUGGUGAACAGUUCCCUGACGGUGCAGGAGGGCUCCUCGGUGUUCCUCCACUGCAGCACGCAGGGAAGCCCGGCCCCGACACUCACAUGGCUGAAGGAUGGGGAGCUGAUAGGAACCAUCACAGCUGAGGAGCUGUCGGUCCUGGAGCUGCUGGAGAUCACCCCCCAGGGAGACGGACUGUAUCGCUGCCUGGCUGAAAACGAGCACGGCAGGGCCAGCAGCUCCCUCAACAUCACUGUCGAGUACGCCCCUGUGCUCCUGGAGGAGUCCAAGUGCACUGUGGUGAGAGAGGGUGUUCAGUGUGUUUGCAUGGCAACCGGCAACCCUGAACCGACUAUUGAGUUCUACCUGCCCGACGUCAACAUCACCAUCAAUGAGACAGAUAAACGCUAUAACUACUACAUGCACACGGAUGGACACACGUCCACGGGCAUGAUCAAGUUACGGGAGAAGGGAGAGCGGGCUGGCAACGGGGGUCCCAAUGUGCAUUGUAGCAUCACCAACAUGUACGGGACAGAGAGUGUUCAUCUAGAGCUGCAGCAAGAGAAGAAGUACAUGAUGGCUGUGAUAGUAGGCACUAUCGGGGGAGUGGCAGUCAUAGCCUUCAUCAUUGCAGCAGUAAGAUACGUGGGCCACAACAACAAGAAAGAGAAUGGCAACCCUGGGCAGAACCUGGUCUCUAAUCUGGAGAACCCAGCAUUGUUCUACAGCGCAGUCAAGAAGGACAAACACAGUCUGAGGAAGAAAGUGCUUAAGACUGAGCUGCUGGGCUCAAAGUUUAACUCCAUUCUAGAGGAGAGCACGGGAGAAGAGGGGGAUUAUCAACAUGUGGGCUCUCUUGCAGACCUGGAGAGGACAGAACUGAACUACGCUGCCCUGGAGUUCAUUGGGGGGCGAUCUAGGGAAGUGGCGUCAGGGAGGGAUGAUGAUGGCAGCGACUAUACUGAGAUUAAGGCCAAAUGAACCGCGAUCCUUCCCUGAUACCUCGGCUUGAUGGGACACAGUGGCAGUCAUGUGCCCCUUUCUUCUCCCGCCCUCCUUAACUGUGUCUUCCUCCACUCUGGAUAACAUUUUCAUUCAAAGAUUGUUAAUAUCUUACUGUACCCCCCCCCCCCCCUCCUCCAAAAUUCAGCUCCACCCAGUUCUGCAAGGGCCACCCCAGUCAUACCUCUCUAUCUGGAUCUGCUGGUACUUGCUGGACCAGAGCACAGCCCAGUGGACAAUGUAAAAAGCUCUUUGAUAUCACAGUACCUGUCUCCCAGCUGUUACACCACAUGGCCUCACAAGUCCCUACCAGUUGCAGGUUUCUCUCUCCAUGUUCACAUUAUUGCACAUUUCACAUUCAACACAAUGAUGUGGCCAUUUAGUGUAAACAUUCUCCCCUCUGUAUCUCCCUCAGUCCGAGUUGCACCUUAACUAAAACUCCUUGUAGUACAAUAACACCUUUCCAGGUGUCAGUUAUACUCUUCUGUGUCCACUGCCAGUCGAAGUGUCAGGGAAUGGGAUUUGGUCUUUUCUUAUUUUUAUUUUGAAAAUCUUGUUCCGUUGGAGGAAGACCCUUCUCUCCUCCUGACCAAGAUUCUGUCACAUUCAUAUUUGAAGACAUGUUAAAAUAAGUAUAUAUUAAGGUUGGUUCGAGAAUGACAUUAUCCACUUGAAGCAUUCAUCUCUGUGGUGUGUUUUCGAUUAUAUAAUGUGCUGUGAAUCAGCACUUUAUUGUUGAAAUUCAAGGGAAUUUGUCAUAUAAUAUAUGUCUGGUACUGUUUAGAGGAUGGUGGAAGCACAAGCAUUACUUAGCAACUGUCAAGUGGUGGUCUGUGUUAUACUUGUGCACAAUUUGAAUAUUCCUGCUAAUCUCUCCAUCAUUUACACUGACUGCAUUGUUUUACUCUGGGGAAAAUACUCAUUAGCAGUUGUGAUUUAAUGUUGACCUUUGCCCAUAUUUCGUUUUUUAUUCUCUUGCAAUAAACUUAUCCAGUGUUCAACCGGCCAAAGCGCAUCUCUUUGAGACAAUGUUUGUAUGUAUUUAAACAGUGCUGAUAGAUCAUAAGAAACUGAUCAUUGGGAGUAUCAUUUUUAGCUGAGUGUUCUAAGAGGGUUGUGAGUUGUGUUUUUUUUUUUUUUUUGGGUGCCAUCGUAGGUUUUGAAAAACACAAAGUAACAUUUGGUUGUGCUCUUCAAAGACAUUUGAUUUUACUUAUCUGAUGUGAAACUAAUGGCCUAACUCGAUAAUGGUUGUCUAAUGUUAAUAUUUAUAAGCUACAAAUCAAUGGGUAAAGGGACCCCAUAUGAAUACUGUAUGUAAAUACCCUGCAUGUAAUUAUUAUGCUGUCAGCCAUUUGUACAACACUACAGUAAACAGUAAAGUAAUACGGCAGUGGUUCAGACAUAUUGUCAAAUAAAUCAAAUAGGCCUACAUUUUUUGGUGACAUGGGCAUUCUGAUGAUCUCAACACUGCCAGGAUAAGAUGAAGUUUAUUGAAAUGUUACAUGUCAGAGAUCAUGACUGUUAAUGACAUCUUGCAUAGACAUACUGUCAAUAACCCAGUUCACUCUCUUCAGUGGCUCAUGUUUUUUGCUGUUUUAAUAAACUUGUUAUGAAAAUGGAGAGGAAUAUUUAUGAUGCAUCUAAUCUUUUGUCACAACGUGUUGUAAAGAAAAUGUGGACACUCUUUCCUUUUAAGUGAUCUUAAUCAUUAUUGUGAUGAUUUUCUAUUUCAUUGAUGCAAUAAUUAAGAUUGAGAAUUCUGCAAUAUAUCUACAAGUAAGAAAAGUUAAUAAGGACAAUUGCUAUUUAAUUACAAUAAGAUCUCUGAUGUUGUUUGUUUGCUUUUUUUUAUUUGAAACAACUCUAAACCGCCAGUCAUUUUUAUUCAAUUCCAUGCGAAGAUAAAUAAAGUAUAAAUCAUAAAGGA